CAUGAGGCCAUCAUAGCUCGCACUAGUAGCCACAAGCCACUGUUACAGCACCUCGCCGGUGGCGGCAAACCGUCCCCCGUGACCCCGUUCCGUUCCGUUGGCCCCUAUAUAACACGCGCAACGCAGAGAUUGCCCUCCAAAUCCAGACGCCUAGCCAGCCAUCUCCAUCCUACACCCCAACAGCAACCAUGGCUUGAGAGAGAGGAGUAGCUCACAGCCCCGUCGCUGUCACCGCCUGGCUUCUUACUCUCGCGCGAUCGAGUAAGAACAAGGUCACCGUCGCUCCAGUCCAGGCCACCGGUCCGUCCAUCCACACGGUUGCGCCGUCGCGCUCGCGCCAUUACCUAUCACAGCACAGCUAGCCCGCCCUGUCGUCGUCCACUCCAUCCUCCUGCUCCGGAGCUAGCUAGCUACAGCUAAUCGCAGCAAGGAAGCGAGAGGGCGGUGGCCAUGAGCGUCAAGCAGCCGCCGUCCUCGUCGACGGCGGCCGCCUUCUACGCGACGCUGGCGCGGGGGCUGGACGACCUGGACCGCUCGCUGGCGUCGUCGGCGUUCCUGUCGCUGCCGUCGCUCCGGGCCGCGCUGGCGCUGCUCCGCGCCGCGCACGCCGGGCUGGCCCGACUCGUCGCGUCGCUCCACCUCCCGGGCGGCGCGGCCUGGCUGGACGAGUACAUGGACGAGGCGUCCCGGCUCUGCGACGCCUGCCGCGCGCUCCGCCUCGGCGCCGCCGCCGUCGAGGGGUACGCCGGCGGCGCCGCCCAGCUCGCCUCGCUACUCAUGCAGGCGCCCUCCAGCCCCCACCUCUCGCGCCAGGUGGCGCGGGCGAUCAGCGUGUGCAGGAGGGAAGCCAUGGCGCUCAAGGAGGAGAACCGUGCGGUGGUGGAGGCGCGCGCGGAGGCGCUCGCGCUCCGCCUCAGCGAGGGCGUCCCCGCCGACGCCAAGCUCGGCGGCUUCAACGGCUUCCGCGGCGUGCUCUGCGCCACCAGGAUGCUCGCCUCCUUCCUCCUCACGCUCCUCUCCUGGGGCGUGCUCCACUACUGGCCCGACCCCGGCGCUGGCGCCGCCGCCGUCUCCGGGGACUGCGCCGCCUACUUCGGCCCGGCGUUCGCGUCGGCGCUUUCCCGCGCGCAGCAGCGCGCCGCGGCGGAGGCCGGCCGGUCCGCGGCCGCGGCGGGCGGCGGCGGUGCCGGGGUGAUGAUGCACGAGUUCCGGCGCGCGCGCGCGGCCGUGGAGGAGGCGAAGGAAGCCGUGGAGCGCGGCGGCGACGUGGCGGCGGCCGCGGCGGAGGUGGGCCUGCGCGCGGGCGCGCUCCGGGGCGCGUGCGAGGACGUGCUGGCGCUGAUCGACGACCUGUUCGACGAGGUGGUGGAGGCGAGGAAGAAGCUGCUGGACCUCUGCAGCGGCGGCAACUGAGUGGCCGGUCACCAGUACGGGAAACGCCGCCAUGGCCUCGUCAGCUUCUUCGUCGAGUGUCUCUUGUUGCUUCUUCUCUGCAGUAGCCAUGACAGUCCUUGGGCAUGUCUCAUCAUAAAUGCACUAGCACGUACAAGUGAAUGCAAAAAAGAAAAAAAAAAGAGAGUUUAAAACAGUAGCGUUCUUCUAUGCGGUAGCCAACAGAUAAUCCUAGCUAGGUUUGUGAUGAAGUGAUUAAGGUUAACUAACUUUGUCAGGUUGACAUACCAUGAAAUGCUAAAAAAACUGUUGACCUGUGGCGUGCAACGUGCAUGACGACAAGAUCA